AUUAAGUUCCCGGGGAAGCCACAGCACGGGUCCAACGUUUUCUUAUCCAAUGAAAUCAGUGCGUUAGAUUUUUCUUUCGUGCUGCGUGGAUUUUGUGUCUGGCAACCUUAGCUGCCGUCCACCACCAUUGUUUUGCUUGGUACUAAUAGCGUACGCACGUUCGAACCCUCAUCUGCACCAGACAAAGCUGUCAAGUGUGUAGUUAGCGCCUUUUGACGUAGGACGAGCGACUGUUGAUUGAGCAAGGUUUGAGAAGAACAAUACCGAUUUCGCUGCCCCAGAUUUUAUCACUGGAUCCACGGAGUCCCCUCAGAACCUACAGCAAUUAUAAAGGACGAGCUGGUGCACGGCUACCUCGUAACCAGCCGAGGUUCUUCACCAUGGAGGGAGAUGAAGAGGAGAGCAUGAGUGAGUCUCACAAACACACACACACAAAUACCCCAUUCCUCUGAUUUGCUCGCUACCUGUGUUAUACUUCCAGAGUCUGGAGUAGACCUCUUUCACACUAAUAUAAAUUAAUAAGUUGUGGUCUGUUUCAGAGUUGAAUUCAGCUACCAUAUGCAUUUCUAGUAAAUAGGACGUCCUUGGGUCAUUGGGAAGUUGUGCCGUGACGUCUCCCAAGACGUCCCCUGUUUUCUGUGACUGUGUUCGAACUCUUUCAUACCGCUGAUUUGCUUUGUGUUGGAUUGACCUUGAGAAAAGGCCAUCUGACUGUGUUUCCAGGCUCAGGAAGUAGGAUCAGAGUUUAAUCCCCUGUUCAGGGGAGAUGAGGAUAUAUCUCUGGCGUUAUUUCAGACCGUUUUAAGAGACGGAUUCUGGGCUUGACCCCCUGCUCCCCUCAAAAAGCUUCCUAAACGCCACAGAGUGCCUGGUCUGUUAUAGCUCAGCCUUAAACUGUCCAUAAUAAGCCAGGAAACCAGGUUACGAGGAAACUAUGCUCUUUCUACAGUGAAAUUACUGGGUUUGGGAACAACACUUUAUUUCCCCCUUCAAAAACACUGGCUCAAUAUUGUUACGUUCCAGGAAGAGGAGAGCCAGACAGGAUGCAUUGUGGGCCAGUAGGAUGGAGCUGUUAGGAGCAGAUGUUGAAUACAGCCCAGUGCUUUGCCUGGCAGUGCUAGGGCCCAGGGCUUUCACAUAGAUCCCAUUACACACUUUCCGCGUGCAUUAUGUUAGAACAUGUGUGUUAGGACAGCCCUAAUCCUCCCGCUGCGCUGCGAUGCCAAGUUAGACCCAGGAUGAGCGUGUUUGGAAGACUGUCUUGCUCAGGGACGUCCUCCCCGCACAGCUCUCAGGUAGGAGUUGGUUACAGGCCUUUGGGCGAAUGACACCAAGGUUACUCAAGGGCUUUCUGUGUGUGUGUUUGUGUGUGUGUGUCUGUACAUCCAAAUGUGGGUCAGAACUGAGCAUUGUUGGUGACGCACAGUGGUCAGUUUCAAUGCUGUAUUGUUAAGUCAUCUCCCAACAGGGUUGUAAUCACUCACCCCUCCUGUUGCCCUGGGUGAUAGUAGCGUUCUGUUGUUGCAUUGUUGUCCUCCCGCAUGCUUGUUUGUUUGACUAAAACUACAGUACAAUCCAGAAGAUAUAACAUUUGCAAUCAACUAUCGAACCCUUUUUUUCAGAAAAUGACGAUUGACAACUUGUUCCAGAGCAAACUUAUGAUGUAAAUGCUAGUGUUGCAUGGUUAUGCCAGAAAUCACAGGUUUCUCUGUUUUUAGCGUCUCUACUUUGGGAGGGGCCACAGCCUCAUCGUGUCCCUCUUCAAGCUCUCUGUCGCUGCCUUCUUCUCUCCUCCUGCAUUUUAUUCAAGGGUGUAUUCUAUCCCUGAGCGCCGAAAGGAGUAACCUAUCGAGCUUUUGCUGGAGGAUGUUAUAAAUGAAAAUUUACACCCAAGUUCCAUCGGCUUUGUAAUCAGGACGUGUUGAAAUGUGUUCCUUCACCCACACCUACACAUAAUAAUUUGAUGUCAAGAUAUAUACAAGCUUUGCGGUUAAAUUGGUCACAGUCUGUCUCAGUACAGAUUUUUUCAGAAACUAGAUGAAAACAUUAAAAUGUUUGGACAUUUUGACGAGGCAACUUUUUUUCCUUACACCUGUCCUUGGUAGUCCUUUUUCAGGUAGAUAGUUCACACGUUAUCGGUAGAAAUCCUCUCUGAAAUCCUCUAGUCAUGUUUUUCAGCCCCCCCCCUAUAGAUUUUAUUAAAGGUUAAUGUUUGACAGUAAGUAUGUCUUUGACAUACAGCAAGGUUUAUGUUUUUGUAAUGACUACUUAUUACUUAGCUCCUUAGACAAUCUAAUUUACAGAGGAACACACAUCACUUGUCCAGUUACAAAGAGAGAUAAAGGAAUCUAUAAAUUUUACAUUUACAAGAUCCUGCAACGAAGGCGUUGUAAGUUACUCUUUCUGGGCACCGCAGGUUCGAGCAGCACCGACGUUAAGGAAAACCGCAACCUGGACAACGUGGUCUUCUCCUCCAAGGAGGGGGUGGGUGGUGAGGGGGCAGCUCACCUCCCUAAUGGGGGCAGUGCAGGGGGGGGAGGGGGCAGGAAGCGCCCCCUGGAGGAGGGAAAUAACGGGCAUCACAACAACAAAUACAGGCCCAAGAAGCGUAAGAAAACGCCUGGGCCCAUUCUGCCCAAGAACGCCCUGAUGCAACUCAACGAGAUCAAGCCGGGGCUGCAGUACAAGCUGCUGUCCCAGACCGGCCCGGUCCACGCGCCCGUGUUUGUCAUGACCGUCGAGGUCAACGGUCAGCUCUUCGAGGGCUCCGGUCCCACCAAGAAGAAGGCCAAGCUGAACUCGGCCGAGAAGGCUCUGCGCUCUUUUGUUCAGUUCCCCAACGCCUCCGAGGCGCACAUGGCCAUGGGUAGGACUCUGACGGUGAACACAGACUUCACGUCGGACCAGGCCGACUUCCCGGACAUGUUGUUUAACGGGUUCGAGACACCCGCGCCAUCGGAGGAGUCCUUCUACUUGCUCUCUAACGGUAGCAGCGGCUCCUUCAGCACACUGGGACUGGGAGAGUACCCCCUGGUGGCUAACUCGGGAACUACCGCCCUGAGCCAGUCCUCGAUAGCCCUGCCGCCAAACCCCUCCGCCCCGGCCUUUGUCUCCCCCUCUAUUGCCAAGAACCCCGUUAUGAUCCUCAACGAACUACGACCCGGGCUAAAGUAUGACUUUGUGUCGGAGAGCGGAGAGAGCCACGCCAAGAACUUUGUCAUGUCGGUGGUGGUGGACGCUCAGACGUUCCAGGGCUCCGGACGCAACAAGAAGCUGGCCAAGGCUCGGGCGGCACAGGCGGCCCUCUCGGCCCUCUUUAACAUGCAGCUGGACCAGACGCCGUCCAGGCAACCCAUACCAAGGGAAGGACUCCAACUGCACCUGCCCCAGGUUCUAGCCGACGCUGUGUCCGGUCUGGUAGUUGACAAGUUCAGUGAGCUGACGGAUAACUUCACAUCUCCGCACGCACGACGGAAAGUCCUAGCAGGUGUUGUCAUGACAACAGGCAGUGAUGUCAAGGAAGCACAGGUGAUCUGUGUCUCCACGGGGACCAAGUGUAUAAACGGCGAGUACAUGAGUGACCGCGGCCUGGCGUUGAACGACUGCCAUGCCGAGAUCAUCGCUCGCCGGUCCCUGGUUAGGUACCUGUACGCACAGCUCGAACACUUCCUCAGCAACAAUAGGGAGGAUCACCAGAAGUCGAUAUUUAUGAAGUGUGAGAACAAGCAGGGUUUCCGUCUGAAAGACAACGUGCUGUUCCACCUGUACAUCAGCACGUCGCCCUGCGGAGACGCUCGCAUCUUCUCACCCCACGAGGCUGCCUUUGAGGAUCAGGGGGACAAGCAUCCUAACAGAAAAGCCCGUGGUCAGCUGAGGACGAAGAUAGAGUCUGGGGAGGGGACCAUCCCGGUGAAGGUCAGCAACACCAUCCAGACCUGGGACGGAGUACUGCAGGGGGAGAGGCUCCUCACUAUGUCCUGCAGUGACAAGAUCGCCAGGUGGAACGUGGUCGGGAUCCAAGGCUCCCUGAUGAGCUACUUCACAGAGCCGAUCUAUUUCUCCAGCAUUAUCCUUGGCAGUUUGUACCACGCCGACCACCUCUCUAGAGCCAUGUACCAGAGAAUCGCCGACAUUGAGGACCUGCCUCAGACAUUCAACCUCAACCGGCCACUUCUGAGCGGAAUCAGCAACGCAGAGGCGCGGCAGCCGGGGAAAGCUCCAAACUUCAGUGUGAACUGGACCGUUGGGGACCAAGGGCUUGAGGUUAUAAAUGCCAUGACUGGCAAAGACGACUUGGGGCGGCCCUCAAGGCUCUGCAAGCACGCCCUCUACAGCCGCUGGGUGCGCUUGUACUGCAAGCUUUCACAGACUCUGAGGAUAAAAGGUGCCAAGCCCAGCUUGUACCAUGAUGCCAAACAGGCUGCGUUGGAGUACCACGCCGCGAAGCAGACUCUGACCAAGGAAUUCCAAAAGGCAGGCCUUGGAGCCUGGGUCAAGAAGCCCAUUGAACAAGAUCAGUUUUCACUCCAGACCUGAGCGGAUCGCUGUUAUAGAGACAUAAUCACUAUCUUAGUCUAGAAUGACUUAGUGAUUAUAUUUGUAUGGUCACUUUCAUGGGAGGAAGAGGAGGCUACCAUGAAUGAAUAUUACCACUACCAGCCGUUUAGACUUCAUUUGUUCUGUUUAUGGAUGACUCUCACCCAAACCGCCCCCCCCCCCCAAUCAUUUAAUUUUCACCUUAAGAUAUUGAAUUUGGAGUUUUAACAUUCCGAUCGUUGUUUACGUUUUGUUAAUUUCAUGGUCUUCAUUCCACUUGAGGACUUGACACAUGAAAUCUGACAACUGUAAAACUGGAGAUUUUAGUUUUUGUCAGGGCAUUCGUUUAAUGAGUCAAUACAUGUACUUGCAACGAUCGGCUGAAAUUAGUUGGUUGUCUAAGACAAAACUUUGCCCACAUUCACUGUGUGAUUCAUAAUAUGUAGAAAGCUUUCCAGAUUACUUCACAGCAGUGGUCAUGACAAUAAAAAUGUUGCUGUAUUCUUUAUUAAAAAUAGUGAUGUGUCCAUUCCUCAUCUUUUCUUGAAGGUGGACAUCUUUUCUUGCACUUUUUAAGCGCAGUGUUUUCUUUCUGUCUUCGGUGAGAUGUAAACCAUUGCCCUCUCUGAGGACAAUAUGUCUUUUUUACAAUAGUAGACAUGUUUUUUGAGUUUGAAAAUUCGACUGAGAAUGCUUUCUAUACCGAUAAUUACAUUUUAUCUGUCUAAAUUCUAUAACUUUUCAGAAAUAUUUAAUUCCUUUUUCCCUUUACAGCAAAUUACAUCGCUAAAGAAUAUAUGGCCUUUGAAAGUAAAAUUUCUUUGGGCAUACAUUCUUGCAGCUCGGUUAUCUGCUAUGCAAUUUCUGGAUGACUCACACUGAUGGUUCCCAGUCAGAUGUGGUGGACUACAUCCAUUUUUUUUAUUUCCCUACCCAAACAACGUUUUAUCAGUGUGUACCAUUUGUUGAGAGCUUGACAGAAAACGACAGAAAUUAUUUUAGCUCAUGUUCUGCCAUUUGUGUUGACGUGUCUGUAGUUUGUUCUCCUUGUCUUAUCGUACGCCGCCUUACCUCACUAAAUAAUAUUUGUAUUUGCUUUUGGUUAUUCUGUGAUGUAUGAUGUCCGUACCAAGUUUCUGGUCACUUAAUUUGGAUUACUGUGUUGAUUACAUAGCGCAGUGUCACCUAUUUGGACCAUUUAUUUAGAUUUUUCCCCCUGUAUUAACUUUGCAAUUCAAAAAUAUGAAACUGUUAAUGAUUUUGACGUGUUUUGUGUCAAUUUUAAACAGUUAACGUUGCCCUCCAAAAAAUGGGAUACACCCAAAAUGUAAUUAUAUCAGCCUUGCUAAUGUUGAUGUAGUGUAUCCAAGUAUUCCCAUCAAAAUUUGACUCCUGUUCACAACCCUAUUUUGUAUUUAUCCCCCUCAUGCAUUCUCAGUGCUUUCGUUCUUGGCAUGUUUCCUUCUUUGUUUAUUUAAAAAAGUUGUUGGAAUCCACAAGAAUCAAGGCUAUUGCAGUUUUUUAAAAGGGGACCAAGCACAACCUGUGUGUUUUUUUUUGUUUUGUUGUUGUUGUUGUUGUUGCUGUUGAACUGGUUUACGUACGUCUGCUUUCUUUGACCGAGUUGUGAAACAUUGACUGUGAAUGUUGACCGUGAACGUCGACUGGGUCUUUUUUUUCCAUCUUGUUGAAAUGUUGAAAUGUUCCAUUGAUGUGCCCGGUCCACUAACGUGUGAAGGAUGUGAACCAUCCUACUGCAUGACGUUUCAUUAUAAAGCAUGAGGAAAAUAAAAUGAACCAAAUGGAGAGAAAAAAUCAUACACCUACAAGUUAACAUAUACAAUAAAUAUGAACACUGUUUGAUUUUGGAAA